GUUCAGGCGCCGUCAGUUUUCCUGUGAGAUCCCGAGAGAGUGGCCACUUUGGGCAAAAUGUCUGGAAAGAGUUUUCGUGUGAGUGACGGAGACUGGAUUUGUCCAGAUAAAAAGUGUGGAAAUGUGAACUUUGCCAGAAGAACGAGCUGUAACCGAUGUGGAAGGGAGAAAACGACAGAUGCGAAGCUGAUGAAGGCAGGCGGAACGGAGAUCGGGAAGACUCUGGCUGAGAAGAGCAGGGGACUCUUCAGUGCCAACGACUGGCAGUGCAAAACAUGUGGAAAUGUAAACUGGGCACGAAGAUCAGAGUGUAACAUGUGCAACACCCCCAAAUACGCCAAACUCGAGGAAAGAACAGGAUAUGGUGGAGGUUUCAACGAGAGAGAGAAUCUGGUUUACAACGAGAGAGAGGAGUCUGAUGGAGAAUAUGACGAGUUUGGCCGUAUAAAAAAGAAGUUUCGAGGGAAAAACAAGGACAACGAGAAAAAGGGAGAACACGAGAAGAAAGAAGAGCAUGAUGACGAAGACGAUGAGGAGGAUGAGGAUGACGAAGAUGGCGAUCUUUCAAAAUACAAGCUUGAUGAUGACGACGACGAUGAUGACGAUGAUGACGACGACGCCGAUUUGUCCAAGUACGACCUGGACGCGAGCGACGAGGUGAAGCCGUCGGAGAAGAAAGACAGUGGCUCGGGUUCUUCUCGCUCGUCCUCUCGCUCCUCCAGCUCCAGCUCUCGGUCCAGGUCCAGAUCCCGGUCCAGGAGCUCGUCCGGUUCCAGAUCACGCUCUCGCUCGAGGUCUCGCUCAAGAUCCAGCUCCCGCUCUGGAAAAGGCUCCGCCUCUUCGAGAAAGAGGUCUCGCUCGUCCUCGCCAUCUCCUGAGAGAGGCCAGAAGAGAAGUCGCUCCAGAUCCUCCUCUGGCGGACGCAAAAAAAGACGCUCUCGCUCCCAAUCGUCCGAAAGGGGUCGUGGCUCAUCUGGAUCUUCUCGUUCUGGCUCCGGCUCACAAAAGAAAUGAUUAACAAAAGUCUUAAAAACACACACACACAAAAAAGGAGGGCGGGGGGGUGAAAUCUUUCAAUAACUGCAUGUUGUCUUUGGGGAGGAAAGGAAAAAAAAUCACAAACUGUGCUGUUUCAAGUGAGAGUGCUGCAGUACUCAAAUGUUCAGUCCUUUUUUUUUUUCUCUUUUUUUUCCCCCUCCCUCCCCCCUUUUGUUUGGUUAACCAAAAAUCUGCCUUUCUGACAUGUGAACUAUCAGUGAUGGAGGUAGUUUCACGGGGGGGGGGGAACUAGGAGCUUCUUGUAGAAUUUUUCAUGAAUCAUUAGCUGACGCUGGUUUUCCAAAUUCAGGUUCGAGAGCUGUAGGUUGUUAAAUUGAUUGUUUCCAUCCGUCAUUAUUUUCAUCUAGUUGUGUAAAGUGAAGGUAAGUAUGCUUUUCUUUAUGUUGGGGAGAGAAAAAAAAUUGUAGCCAAAUUGAUUAACUUGGAGGUGUUUUUUUUUUUUUUGUUUUUUUUUUUUAAAAGUCCUGAUUGGUAUCGUCUAGCAAAAAGUCAUGAUUUGUUCACAAACCAGCUCUACAAAGACAGAACGUUAACGACCUUGUUCAAGGACACAGAGUGGCAAGGGACGUUUUUCUAAAAAGUAGUUUCCGAUUCAUUAGAACUACAUGGCAAUGUGAUCAGCGUGAAUAAAAAGCCUGUUAAACUCA